UCGUCGUCGUCGUCGUCGUCGUCGUCGUCGUUGAUUGAAGCGCGCGUUUAUACGUUCUCUCACCUGUACUCCGCCGGCGACGUUUCAUUAAUUCGGCGCGUGUGCCACCGCGCGUUCACGGAUAUAGACGGGCGCGACGUAGAUUCUCAGUAUUUAAACGCUCGGUGAAACGUGCACACAGCCAAGCGAGUCCUCGUACAUCCUCCAAGAUGCAACCGCGGGGUCUGUCCGGGAGGAGGGUACUCGAUACUUGUCUGAUACUGCUGCUGGCGAUCGGUCAACUCAGCGUGGCGGCGGCUGGCAGCGAGGGAGAUGCGAACGAUAAAAGGUUUCAGUUGAACGGCUCGCCGUAUCCAGCCAAAUAUCCUCUCCCGUUCUUUGAACACCCGAAUAUCACUAAACUGUUGUUGCAGAGGAACUUUUUGGCGACAUGGACCAGGAUUGUGAAGGAACCGACGUCGCUGCAGGUUGGCGCGGGGAGUCGCGUUGAAUUGCAAUGCGUGGUAAAUGGGAAUCCGCCGCCCCGGGUGUACUGGUUCAGCGGGACAGAGGCUGAGAGGCAGAUCCAAGAGAUGACAACGCGGGCUCAGGAGGAGGGUAACAAUGACCUGCCUAUGGAAGGGAUUGCUCAGUACAUUUCCAAAUACGUGAUCGAUUGCGUGAAGCCCGAAGACGAAGGUUACAGAUAUUGCGUGUCAGUGUCGAACGAUAAGGUGGUGUACUCGCAGCCGUCGUUGCUCCUGGUCGACAAGUCCAGGACCGAAGAAUGCAGUGACAGCGAGAGCGAGCCCACCAUCACCCUGCACACGGUGUGGAGACUCGCUAUGCAGGGUAGCACAGUGAUUCUACAGUGCAGGGUCGAAGGCCGGCCGAUGCCGUAUCUGCUCUGGCUGGACAACAUGGGCAACAGAAUCGGCACGUCGGCGUUCGCAAGGCGUACCGUGCUGGCGAACGGCGAUCUGCGGAUCAAGGAUCUCAAGUGGUCCGACAUGGGCGAUUACAUCUGCAGGGUGCAGUCCGGCGAUACGGAAAAGAGCGUGUCGACGUUCUUGUACCCGGUCAAGCGCUCGUAGGAAUAAAUGUCGUGUAGAUCAGCUCCAAGGGUCUCUACGCUUCUCAUAUGCGUAACGCUGUAAAUGCGCGGGGGUGUGAAAAAUACUUAUCACACACUCAUUCACAUUCAUUUAUAUUUACGUUAUCUAAAUAGAAUGUAGUUUCUAUAAUUGCAUAGGAGAUACGCAUCGAGUACUUAUUUCUUUACUUUUGUUACACUUACGAUACCAGUGCUGCUUUGUCCCCGUAAACUCGCGAUAAUUCAGCGACAGGUUUACGUCCCACAUCGCGGAUCGGCACACGGACAGACUUUCUUUUCUCUCUGUAUCUGUUUUCUUCUUCUGUCUUUCUUUUUCCGUCGAGUCUGCAUCUAAGUUUGCGGACGAAUUUAAGAAAGUUUUAAUAAACGCAACUAAUAUCAUC